AGGAUUACUAUGAUUAUUCUACGGAUGAGGAUUUUGAAGAAAGUUUCAAUACUGACCAAGAUGAACCAUUAUUCAUUCACAAUUAUCUGGCUGCUAUGAAGGCAAGACAUUGGUUAGAAGAACAAGAUUCUUUAGAAAUACCGGAAUAUGAUGAUGAUAGUGAAGAUUCAUCAUCUGAAGAUGAGCAUAUGGAUCACAAAUUUUUAACCAAAGAAUAUGAAUUGGCAGUAAAAAAUGACACAACUUUUUAA